AUGGGUUCUUUCACUCCCCGGCCUGUUGAGUCCCUUCCCAGCGACUCCACUCCCGAUUCAAUUCUCAACAUCCUGUAUCGCGAUGGCGCGGUAGUCCUUAAAGGUCUCGUGCCUCUCCAUUUGAUUUCCCAAAUCAACGGUGAAAUUAGACCAUAUAUGGAUGCCGACUACAAUAGCGGGCUGGAAGUCUUCGCGAAGCAAACAAAGACUGUUUGUGGACUUGCUGGCAAAUCGCCGACUGCGGUCAAAUCUAUUCUACAGAACCCGAAUGUCAAGGCUGUUCUUCAUGAUGUGCUCGAUAUUACAACGGAGAGCUGGUGGGGAGAGGCACGUAACAAGUGUGUGUCUCCUCCCCUGUUGAGUUCUUUCUUUACAGUUCGUGUUGGCCCUGGUAGUGCUCGACAGGGCUUGCAUCGUGAUGAUCAGGAUCAUCACGCAACACAUACACAUGGAGACCCGAAAGAAACCACCAAGCUGGGUUGUUUUCUUGCAACCUCUCCAGUCACCAAGGAAAACGGUGCCACUGAGAUUGUUCUUGGCUCCCACGUUUGGGAUGACGAGCGCAAACCAUCGGUCGAGGAAGUGAGCUACGGAAAGAUGGAUGUUGGAGACAGCCUUUUGAUGCUUGGAAACUGCUAUCACGGCGCAGGAGCUAAUGUGACCGUCGACUCUUAUCGAAGUGUGGUUGUCACUUUGUUCUGUAAAGGCGUUUACCGCCCCGAAGAGAAUCAAUUCCUGGCAGUCACGACGGAGCAGGCCAAGGAGCUUCCUCACGAUGUUCAGGAUCUCCUUGGAUGGCGAGCCAGUGCGCCAUUCUGUGGAUGGCAUGAUCUGGCUCACCCAUACCGAUUGAUUCGCGACGUGGAUAAUUUGAAUUCGGAUUUGUUUUAG